AGCGCGGGGCCUCAAGCGACGCGUGUCCCCGGGCGCCCGUCGCGUGCAGCGAUGGGCGAUGGCGACGACCUGGCCAUGGACAUGGAGUUCGACAGCGCCAUUCAGGACGACUUCCAGCCCCACAACGAGCUGGACUCGUUCUUCUCCGGCGGCGUCUCCCAGGGGACGACGGUGAGCUUGCAGCCGAGCGCCGCCACCCUCGGCAGCCCCACAGCGGCCGCCCUCGGCGCCGCCGAGGCGCGCGGCGCCGCGGCCGCCCACGCCGGCGCCGGCGCGGCGGCGGCGGCGUCGCAGGCUGCGCCGGGUGCGGCGGCCGGCGGCCUGCUGGGCGGAGCACUGAGCUCUGCGGCGGGACCCCGAAAGCUGGCCGGUGCCGCGGUGCCCGCGUCGCUGCUUCCCGAGGCCGCCGGGCGCCUGCUGUCGGACGCGCAGCCCUGGCGGGGGUUCCUCCUGCCGCUGUCGAAGCCUCCGCCAGGGGACUACGCGGCGCGGCUCACAGCCAACCUGAGCCGCUUCAAGACGAACUACGCUGUCCUGUUCGUGGUGACCCUCACCGCUGCCAUCCUGUUCGAUCCCUCCGCGCUCGUCUGUGUCGUGUUUGUGGCGGCAGCCUGGGCGCUCUUCCUGAAGAAGAACGCGGACCCCGACUGGGCGCCGGUCGUCGGAGGCAUAGCACUGGGCCCCACGCAGAGGUGGCUCAUACUGGCCUGCGGCACGGCACUGCUGCUGUUCCUGGUGGCCGGCACCGUGAUCAUACACGCCGCCUUGCUCUACGCGGCGGCAGCUCUGGUGCACGGCGUGCUGCACGACCCUUCGGACUGCCACGAGACCAUCCUCGGGGGACGCCACCCCAGACUCAUGGUGCCCCUCUGAGCGCCCCCCAGCCGCGCGGCGAGCUCGGCCGCGCGCGGCCGGCCGGCCCCUCGGGGGCAGUGCGCACCACGCGCAGAGGGGAGCAGGGGGAGGGGGGAGGCUUCUCAGCAGGAGGCUUCCCCCCCUGCUUCCUCUGCGCGCCGCCAAAUGUUGAGACGCAGCACGUGCCGCACUCAACACUGCCGUGUUGACCCGCUGCGUGUUGGCUCGGCGCGUGUUGGCCCGCGUUCUGGCGAACGUAUCGCGCCAGGCCUACGGCUUCAGCCUGCGUGUUGAGCUCCGUGCCGCCACGCUGCGGGCUGCGUGUUGCGCACCGGGCCGGCUGCGGCCUCUUCUGCCCCUCGGAUCUCGCGACGGAGAACAAACGGCGUAAAUGUACAGCCGGGGCCCUGCAGAAGGAACCCUUUUCGUUGGGGAGGGGCUCGGUGUGC